AUGUCGCGUCCGAAACAGCAUAUUGUCUUCCUGACGGGACCAACGGGGACGGGCAAGACUACGAUAGCAAAGUACCUUACAGAAUCACUUCACAUGACCUUCAUUGAAGGCGACGAUUACCACCCCAAAGAAAACGUGGAAAAGAUGCACAGAGGCGAAGCCCUCACCGACGACGACCGCUGGGGCUGGCUCGAUAACCUCCGCGACGAGGCCCUCCGCGAGCUGGAGCGCGACGGCCUGCGGGGCGUAAUCGUCACCUGCUCCGCGCUGAAGCGAGCCUACCGCGACGUCCUGCGUGGCGCCUCGCACCCGGAGAAGGACAUCUUUGUCAACUUUGUAACCCUGCACGCCCCUGAGGAGGUGCUCUUCGAGCGCGUCAAAAACAGGCACGGCCACUUCGCAGGUUCGAACCUCGUGCACAGCCAGUUCCAGAGCCUGGACCCGCCGCAUGAGGACGAGCCCGAUGUUGUCGGAGUCGAUGUGCAGCCGCCGGUCGAGGAGGUCAAGAGGGAUGCGCUGAAGAAGCUAGAGGGAUUGCUGAGUAGAUGA